CAAAAGAAAACCCACCACAUCUAUACACGGGGAGGUGUUUGCACAACCCAUCGCCGGUGAGAUCAACACAUGGCCUCCGAGCGGAGUGUCUCAAGCCAGAUCUGCAUAGGUGGAUCCAUUGAUUCUGCAUCAUAGAUUUUAUAUAGGCUUACCAAGUUGGCCCAUCGAUCAACCGAGGGCCUGGGAAAGCUAUAAUCAAUGGCGCGGCACUCUCAGCGAGCCCCGGAAAAGCUUGGGGCAUCGGAUGUAAUAUGCCUAAUAGCAGCGUGGUGCACACUGGUCAGCUCUGUCGUCAAUUUCCAUGCGUAUCUAUUGGGCGACACAAAUUCUUGCCCAACCUGCGAGUUAGUAACCGGUACAAUGGAGGUUGCUAUCUGCGGCCCCUAUAUAGUUGUGAAAUGGCAAGAGUUCUUGCCCAAUCUGCUGCCAACGCCGUCUGCGCUUACGCCAUUAAUGUCCUUGAUCACGUGGCGUCAUGACGUGCGGAUAUUCAGAGACACAACCAUUCUUGUGAUCAUAUCUUAUCUGAUAUUACUGGACAUCAACUUGAGAUUCCUCUGGCUUUUCAUCUUUCCCGUGAUAGCCAUUGUUUUCAUACGAGCAAUCCGCUUCAACUUCAGUCGUCCUACGAGUGGCAGCAGUCGUAAUAAAACUACUCAAGGAUCUUCUAACGGUGCCGAGGAGACCAAAAUGAAAACUAAGAAGGUUGGGAUCAUAGUGAUGAUGACGCUCGGUGCGCUAUUGGGUAUGGACCAACUUCCAGACCAUGAAGCUGACCGGUUCGCCAUCUCCCAGUUCCUCCUGUUCCUAAGCUCUAUGGUGGCGGCACUGACGCGUAUGAUGAUGAAGCUGCGCGCUCGCGCCUCUUUGUCGGGGGUAGGACCAGCGUCAGAGAUGCUCCACAAGACCCUGCUUCUCCUUCUACUAGUGACGGUGCACACGGUGGCCGCAGAGUGGCUCGGCGAGCAUGUUGUUCUCCUCUGCUUGCCGGAGGUCAUCCCUGUGCUUGGCUGGUUAAUUCUUCACAUUGACCUUAAACCAGGCAGCAGUUCCAUCACGAGUAUCGACAAAAUGAAGGCACACAUAAAUUGGCUUGGCUUGAAAGGUGCAGUGGUGGUUGCUGCUAUUUUCCUGUACCUGUUGUUCACCAUGGGUGACUCUGGGGUCUCCGGCUGGUGUAUGACAUUCCAGGUGUCAUGUGGCGUCUCAGGGAUCCUGACAUGCUACCUCGUGUUCAUGCUAAAUCACUGGAUGAGGCAGCAAGUUGCACCUGCUGGCAAGGAGGAUGGUGCUUCGGGUAUGCUCAAGCUAUGGGCCUGUGCUUUGCUGAUAGCGUGGGGUGUGUCGCUGCUGCUCAGGUGUCUGGUUUCUUUCCGGCUUGGCCUGCAACUACCACUGCAUGCAACGGCUAUGUAUGUUGGUAAUCUUUUCGGUUUUAACUACUCAAAUUAAUGCUACUAUAUCUUGUUUCGUAAUUUGUACUAUAGGCAGUUUUCUCGCGUGUUUGUAAAAAUAAUCGAACCUUUUUAGAGGGAGAGAGAGCUAGCUGUGUGGGCAUGUUGCUAAGCUAGAUAUGUAAAUAAUCGAACAGUUUGUAAUUUAUAGCAAGAAGACACACUAUCCUUCUUGCCUCCUUA